ACUCGCGGUGAUUUCUCUCCGCAAAUGAAGUUCCGAAUCGUUCGGACGAUUAUUUCUUCAUUUUCACCAUCUCGAUUUUCGGCGAMCGUCGUCAACUGCUCGGCGUUUCCAAUGAUUGUGUAGUCGUAUUUCCGGUUUUGUCCGAAAACCGAUGAUGACCAAUAUUAUAUUAUUAUCGGGCACGUGACGUUAUCGUUUAUUUAUUUUAUUUUAAACUUAUUAAAGUCGUUAUAUUAUUAUUAUCAUCGUAUUCCGCAAAUACGCACGGCCAUACGCCAUUUGAUCGUCGCCAUAGUUCGCUAGUUCAGUUGUUCAGUAUACUUCACAGUGCCCGACGCCGACCGCCGCUGUAGUCGACGAAGAUACCGUUCCAAAGAAAAGUAAAUAAAACGAAUAUUUUUCCCGUGUCCAGACAAUAUUAUAAUAUAUAUUUUGCCAUAACGUUUAUACAGCUGCCACUGCCGACUUAUUGUUGUCGAUUUAGACAUAUUGUGUAAAAAUAAAAUGACAAAUUAUAGAAGAAGAAAUUGCAUUGGACAUGUCGUAAAUAAUACAAUUAAUCGAUGGCCCCAAGACGAAAUCGGCAUAUUGGAUGGAAAUUGUUCUUUUAACGUUGGCUAUUUGGGAUGCGUUGAAGUAUCGGAACCCACAAAUUCAAAAAUAUGCCGUGAAUCAUUUGCUAAAUUAUAUCAGGAAUAUAAAACAGGAAUUUCUCAUCCGAAUUCAGCUGUUUUGUGGAUAACAGGAUACGAAUUAAGAAUUGUUGACAAAAGAUCAAAGGUAACAUAAUAAUUCAAUAACAUUUUCGGAUUCAAAUAAUAAAUGAGGUGUAUCUGUAGAAAAAAGCCAAUAAAUCUAAUAUGAAUGAUGAAGGUGUAUAACUGCAGUGUAAACUUAGCACUUGAACUACCAUUAUUAUUUAUAAGCGUGGACAAAGAUUUAGUCAAAUUUAAGGGAAGGAAUAAU